AUGCCCGGGCGACACUACUCCAAGUUCAUCCCCCCCAGCCUCACCAUGAGCGAGCUCGUGUGCCAGAAGCUCGACAACGACGCGACGGACAUGCUCAUCGACAAAUGGCUCGAGCGCCCCCACCGCCCCGACUCCUACCACGACUGGUUCCACCGCGUCCGCGAGCGCAAGCACCACGCCAACGCCAACGCCCACCUCGCCCGCCGCGACCAGGCCCUGCUCUGGAACAAGGGCGUCUUCGUCCCCGAGAACAUCUUUACCCGCACGGUCGACACCGGCCGGCUGAUCCCCCUCGACCGCACGUGGGUCACACACGUCUACCACCACCGCUCGAUGAAGCGGCUCACUAUGAUGCCGGUCAUUUUCAGUAUGGUGAGCGCCCUCCAUUCGCGCGUGCGCGCGAGCGAACGCGAGCUCAUGGUUCCACAGCUCCCGGAACUUAUGCUCCUCCGCGGCAUGCACGACCGCGGCUGCGACGAUAUCUAUGUCAUCGUGACCGAUCUCAAGCGCAAGGAGAUGGACCAAGUGAGCGAGUACUUCAAGUACGUCUGCCAGAACACCGCGGGAGGAUACUGCAAACCGAGCGUGGAGCACAAAAUCAAUCAUGACUACAUACUACUCAACAACGCGCUCGACCGCCGCACGCCCUGCUUCCCCCAAAUCGACCUCACCUUUCGCGCCAUCCUGCACGAGAAACGCCCCCCGUUCAUCAUCCUCUUCUCGCACCAGACCAUGUCCUACUCCCAGAUCCUCUUCGCCCACCCGUCCUUCGUGCCUUCGAAGGACAUGUACCACGACUUCCCCUCUGGGUGCCCAAACCCCGGCUGCACGGACAACUGCUGCGAGCUCAUCCGCUUCCCCAAGCAGGGGCCCGAGCACGCGGCGGUGCUCGCGAGCCGCGGGCGUCGGAAGAAGAUCCGGUACCGGUACGGGCGCAGGGCGCGGGCGAAGGAGAUGUGCAACUGGAUCGAGUGCGAGACGUGCUUCGCGGACGACGCGGGCGCCGGGACCGCCGCGUCCGCAUCCGACGGGAGCACCGAGGGGGAGGGCAGCGUGGCGGGCAGCGAGGCGAGCGAGGAGCGGGAGCGCGCGGGCGCGGGGCUCGUGUGCAGCCGGUGUAAGCUCGUCAAGUACUGCUCGGCGGAGCACCAGCGGCUGGACUGGGAGGAGCACCGGCGCGUCUGCGUGAAGCCGGUGUCGGAGUGA